GGCGGAUAUGGAUCUCAGUAGAAUCUUUCUGGAAUGCUCUAUGGGCAAGUCAUUACCACGGUAUCUGGGCUCUGUCGCCCUCUAUUCUAAGUCGGCGGAGUCAAAUAUAAUGGGUAGGAAGAUACUCUCAAAAGCUGAUUCAGAGGAGGGUUUCGAUAUGAUUAGCACCUGGUUCAACAACUGCGUGAAGCAUCAUAAUGUUGCCUGCAGUAACACUCAGUUCCCCAGGCCACCUAUUGUUACUAUCCCUGCCGCUAUUACGCAGUCGACGCUUGUUGCAACAAGCUCAAUUAUCAAAAAUUUGAGAAGUAAGCUCAAAGCGGCGACUCGGAAGAGCUCAUUUGCCACCAAACCAGCAACAGGUCCUCCAAUCGAACCAUCAGCCAAGUCAAAAGUUCCACACGGCCUCAGUAAACAGCUCACCAGGCUUUGGCCUAAAAGACUGAUAUAUGUUGGGAACGCAAGCGGGUGUAAGGAAGCGAGGCUGGUUGAAACAGGAAGGUUGUUGAAGCUGAAUAGCAUCAAGUACACCACUCUUUCGCAUUGUUGGGGCAAUUCCAAACCUACUAUUACAACUAAAGAAACACUUCCGGAGAGAAUGAGCAGUAUUUCAGUUUCAGCUCUGCCGAAAACCUUUCGAGAGGCGAUAGAAAUAACGCGGCACCUUGGGAUUGAGUACCUGUGGAUUGACUCUUUGUGCAUUAUACAAGACUGUCCCAAGGACUGGCAAACAGAAUCAAGUAAGAUGGGUCAAGUAUAUACUUAUUCUUCUCUCACCAUUUGCGCGGCGGGCGCUCGAGACAGCUAUGGAGGGUGUUUUCUUGAACGACCUCCAAUGCCAGCAAUUCAAAUAUUAUCCGGCGUAUAUGUUUCAGAGUACGUCGAAGCGAUUCCAUUCUGGUCUCCGGAAGCAGUGGACACUCGUGCUUGGUGCCUUCAGGAGCUUGCACUUUCGCCUCGUGUGUUGAUGUGUGGGUCAAGAAUGAUGGCCUGGCGGUGCGAAGAGACAACGAUAAUAGAGCAGGGACAGCAGCCCGAAAUUUCGCCGAAAUACGACCUUCGUAUCAAUCCGAAACUGUCAACACGGAAUUGGAACGAUGUUGUGGCAAAUUAUUCUCGUCGAAAUUUGUCGCAAAGUAGAGACAAGUUAGUCGCAAUUUCUGGACUUGCACGGAAGUUUGCAAAUGAAUCAACCGAACAGUAUCUGGCUGGUCUGUGGAGGCGGACGUUGCUCACUGACUUGCUUUGGCGGGUUGAUGUUCAAGUUGAGACGAGCCUGCCCAGGAUAUCACGCUCAACGAGUUAUCGUGCUCCUUCAUGGUCCUGGGCCUCCUUAGAUGGUCCUGUAAUGUUCACACGAGAAACUCGCUUCGAUUGGGACCCCUUGGCGUUGCUGGUGGAGGCGAAUGUAGUGCUAGGAGCAGAAGAUCCUUUUGGGGAAGUGGUUGGAGGUUUACUGAGGAUUCGGGGGCCACUCGCCUUAGUGACAUGCCGGAACACCAACUCAAAGACAUAUCCGGCAUGUUUUCCCUUAUCUUCGGAUUCCGCAGAAGAAGAGGACUCGCACAGCCGCUGCGCGUCUUGCUGGUUUGACAUAAGGGAUGAAAUGGACUGGUCUAACACCAGCGUCUUUUGCUUACGGAUUGCUGAGACGCAUGGGCUAGUCCUGUGUCCGGUGGGAGACAGUGGGGAGAACUUCCGCCGUGUUGGAAUUGCAAAUUGGCUUUUGGGGCCCUUGUGGAAGCUAGAUUGUCCUGACACAGAAAUAUCCAUCACCUAACUGCAAUAAGCGCGCGAGCACAAUAGUUGAGCUUAAGAGAUGGUUCAUAUUUGGUCGAACUGAUCUUAUCCGAGGGUUCAAGGCUUCAGGCUUCAAGUAAGAAGUUCCUUUCUUUCCCCGGACCCGGUUUCACAGCGGUAUCCCGCCGGACUACCACCAUCUCGGUGAGCUCGGGUGGCCAGGAAAUCCAUACUGCGUAGUCACCGGUAUUCCGCCGGCCUGAUAUGUGGCCGGGAAUCCGACCAGGGAAUUGAGCUGGAAACUAGACCGCAGGUUGUGAUACGGUAUGGCUGGAGUCGACGCCUUCUCCUUUCAAUACCGUCCGCUAGUUCACUUUGAGGCUUUCUAGGUAAGGUACGUCUGUACGUCGCGUAUCGCGCGUCGCGGUAGCUAUUCUGUAUCUCUUUAGAGAGGGCAAGAAAGGCGCUU